AUCCGACUUAAAUCCGGGAAUAAAUCCGAUAUCAAACAGCCCCUAAAUGUCUUUACAGGACAUCAAAGCUUUCGUCGCCAUUCGCCGGCGAAAUGUUGAACGCCGACGAAGUAACGGUAGUCAUAGUUCCCCUCCCAGCCCACGGCCACCUCAACCCACUCCUUCACUUCUCCCUUCUCCUCUCCACACGCUACGGCUUGACCGUCCACUUUGCCUCCACCGCCUCUCACAAUCGCCAAGCCAAACUCCGCCUCCAAGGCUGGCCACUAUCCUCCCUCUCCUCCAUCCACUUCCACGACCUCCCACAUCCCCCCAUCCCUUCCCCUCCACCCAAUCCCCAAUUCCCCAACUCCUUCCCCACCCACCUCCAACCCCUCUUUGACGCCACCGACCACCUCCGCUCCCCCCUCUCCUCUCUCUUACUCUCCCUCUCCGCCUCCUCCCGCCGCCUCAUCGUAAUCCACGACCGCCAUAUGUCGUUAGGCUUUGACGCCGCUACGAUCCCCAACGCUGAGUCCUACGCCUUCUGUGGUACUUCCGCCGCCUUCCACUUCGAAGCAGCGCAACUGAUGAAGCAAGGAACCGGCUUGGAAGAGUUAGCGUCGCCGGAGUUCAUAAAGUUUAUCGAGCGGAGGAGAAGAGAUGGAUUCACGAGCUCCGGCUUUAUCAUCAACACCUGCCGAGAGGUGGAGAGCGAGUUUCUCGAUAUUCUUGCCCUGCGGGAGGAUUUUCUCGGCAAGCCAAUAUUCGCUAUCGGGCCGCUCAAUCCUGUGCCGAUUCAUAACAACGCAGAUAUCAAUCGCGACGAGUGCUUGGAGUGGCUGGACGGGCACCCACCUUGCUCCGUCGUGUACGUAUCCUUCGGCACCACGUCAACAAUUUCCGACGAGCAAGCGGAGCAGCUGGCCUCUGGGCUUCGUCGAA